AUGAGCUGCAAGCGCCGGCCUGCCAAGCCGCAGCUCAGGAGGUCCUUCAGCGAGCAGCUCCGGGACUCCACGGCCAAAGCGUGGGAUUUACUCUGGAAGAACGUCCGGGAGAGGCGGCUGGCAGAAAUUGAAGCAAAGGAGGCGUGUGAUUGGUUGCGAGCUGCUGGAUUUCCGCAGUAUGCACAGCUCUAUGAAGAUUCCCAGUUUCCUAUUGACAUUGCAGCUGUAAAGAAAGACCAUGAUUUCCUGGACAAGGAUCUUGUAGAACCUCUUUGUAGACGAUUGAACACAUUGAACAAAUGCGCCUCAAUGAAACUCGAUGUGAAUUUCCAAAGGAAAAAGGGUGAAGACUCCGAUGAAGAAGAUCUCUGUGCUAUCAGUAACAAAUGGACUUUCCAAAGGACAAGCCAAAGAUGGUCUCGGGUAGAUGACACUGACACCUUAAUACAUCAGUCGGACAAACAUGGGUCCUCUGGAGACAUUAAAAUGAAAAUCACAACAAGCAGUGAAAGUGUGCUUACUGACCUGAGUGAGCCUGAGGUAUCUUCUAUUCACAGUGAGAGUAGUGGGGGAAGUGACCACAGGAGUCAGUCUGGAAUCAGCAGCCUUCUCAAGGAGACAUUUGACUGUUCAGGACAAUACUGUGUAGAAAGCACCAUUGCACAUGACUCUUCUUCAGUAGGCAGUACUGCACUGCAGUCUCCAGAAGACUCUGUUAACCUUGGGAAUGAGAGACCAACACGGACCAGAGCAAAAACCUUUCUAAAGCGCAUGGAGACACUAAAAGCCAAAGGUACACAUGGAAAAUUGAAAGGCUGUGGAAGGACUAGUGGCUUAGUAAUAAGCAGACCUGUUCUUCAGCAUGAACCUAAAACCCUAAAGGAUAUGCAAUGUUUGCAAAUCGUGAAUGGAGACCUCCAAGCUAUAAUGGCCCUAGACAUGGUCAAGCAUGGGUCCAGUUGUGAGAGUAGCCAGUCAGAGAUCAGCAGUAGUGGAAUAAGCACUCCUUGCUUAAAGGAACGCAAAUACCAUGAAGCAAAUAAACGAGGUGGCAUGUACCUGGAGGACCUGGAUGUUCUUUCAGGCACAGCCUUCAGGCAAGCGGUAGAUCAAAAUCGCAAAAAUGAAUUUCAUUCACAAGAAAACCUAGUUGUUCAUAUACCCAAAGACCACAAACCUGGAACAUUUCCUAAGGCACUUUCCAUUGAAAGCCUCUCUCCUACAGACAAUAGCAAUGGUGUGAACUGGAGGACAGGCAGCAUUUCCUUAAGCAAGAAGACAUGCUCAACACCUAAAGAGGCCAGCCCGCUUGCUUCCUGUCCCAAAGAGAGUCGGGUUAGCAUUUAUGACAAUGUUCCGGGUUCUCACUUGUAUGCCAGCACUGGAGACCUUCUGGACUUGGAAAGAGAGGACCUUUUUCCACAUUUGGAUGACAUUUUGCAGCAUGUCAAUGGACUUCAGGAAUCUGUGGAUGAUUGGUCAAAAAAUAUAUUGCCAGAAUUGAAAAACAAUGAUAUAUCAAUUAGUGAGCAUGGGACCUUACCAUUCCAGUCACCAUCUAAGAUUGUGUUAGACUUUGAAGAGAACUCUGUGUCUGAUGGCCAGACAACACCUAGUGAUAUGGACAGAGAUGGGACAUCUCUUAAUGAAUCAGAAGCUCCAGGUAUCAGGGAUAGAAGAGACUCUGGUGUUGGAGCAUCUCUCACCAGGCCCAACAGGCGAUUACGUUGGCAUAGUUUCCAGAUCUCUCACCAGCUGAGCCAUACCAUAGGAUCCCUGCAGAUCAGCACUCAAUCAGCUGCUCAAUUAAAUCUGCUGCAAAAAUUCUCCUUGCUUCGUCUGACUGCCAUCAUGGAAAAAUACUCAAUGUCAAACAAGCAUGGAUGGACGUGGUCUGUGCCAAAAUUCAUGAAGAGAAUGAAAGUUCCAGACUACAAGGAUAAGAACAUUUUUGGUGUGCCUUUAAUAGUCCAUGUGCAAAGGACAGGGCAGCCCCUUCCACAAAGCAUACAACAAGCACUACGCUAUUUACGCAACAACUGCUUGGAUCAGGUGGGCCUUUUUCGGAAGUCAGGUGUGAAAUCCCGAAUACAGGCCCUGCGUCACAUGAAUGAAAACUCCCCUGAAAAUGUCAGCUAUGAAGAUCAGUCAGCAUAUGAUGUGGCAGAUAUGGUGAAGCAAUUUUUCAGGGACCUUCCAGAACCCCUUCUCACUAGCAAGCUAGGAGAAACUUUCCUCCAUAUCUAUCAAUAUGUUCCAAAAGAACAGCGGCUUCAGGCAGUACAGGCUGCCAUUAUGCUGAUGUCGGAUGAAAACCGAGAGGUUCUGCAAACCCUGCUCUGCUUUCUAAAUGACGUCACUUCAGUGGAAGAGAAUCAAAUGACUCCCAUGAAUAUUGCUGUGUGCCUGGCCCCUUCCCUUUUCCACCUCAAUAUAAUAAAGAAAGAAAGCUCUCCACGAGUAAUACAGAAAAAAUAUGCAACCGGGAAGCCAGAUCAGAAAGAUCUCAGUGAAAAUCUGGCAGCAACUCAGGGACUUGCACAUAUGAUAACAGAAUGUGAUAAACUUUUUGAGAUCCCGCAUGAGAUGGCAGCACAGUCUCGGAAUUCAUAUGUGAAUGCUGAAGUACACCCUCCAACUCUGGAGGAACUGGGAAAGCAAAUGAAUGAAGAAGGCGGAACUUACCAGGCCUACCUUGAAAGUAUCAUGCAGAACCUCUGUAAAGAAGCUAAGGAGAAAUUCAAAGGAUGGGUGACUUGUUCCAGCGUAGAAAACACAGACCUCUCCUACAAAAAGGUUGGAGAUGGAAAUCCACUAAGGCUGUGGAAGGCAUCUGUGGAAGUGGAGGCUCCUCCCUCUGUGGUACUGAACCGAGCGCUAAGAGAGCGCCAUCUGUGGGAUGAGGAUUUCUUGCAAUGGAAAGUCAUUGAAACCUUGGAUAAGCAGACAGAGAUCUACCAAUACGUUUUGAACAGGAUGGCUCCCCAUCCUGCCAGAGACUUUUUAGUCCUGAGGACAUGGAGAACAGACUUGCCGAAGGGGAUGUGUGUGUUAGUGACUGUCUCUGUGGAACAUGAAGAAGCUCCUCUGAUGGGAGGUGUGAGGGCAAUUGUUAUGGAUUCCCAGUAUUUAAUAGAGCCUUGUGGCUCUGGGAAAUCUCGCCUGACACACAUCUGCAGGGUUGACCUCAAAGGUCAUUCACCGGAGUGGUACAAUAAAGGCUUUGGACAUCUAUGUGCAGCAGAAGUUGCCAAUAUCAGAAAUUCAUUUCAGCCCCUUAUUGCUGAGGGACCAGAAACAAAAAUCUGAGAGAUGGAGGAAUAUUCUCCAUGCAUUAAAUCCACUGGAUUUUAGCCUACAUUUGUGCAAUAGCUAAGCAAGGACUGCUUGGGAAAUUCUGCCCUUGCCUGGAAAUGUCACCCACUUACCUCCAUGAGCCUCAUCUGUUUUCUUUUGCUGAAGAACACUUUUCUAAGAAUUUCUUCAUACUUUAAAAGUAUAUUAAUGCCCUUGUGUGUGUGUUGCAUAAUUCUAAUAUUUAAAAGCUUCUAAGAAGCUUAUUUUAAAAGUGUAAAUAAGAUGUAAAAGUGUACAUACUUUGCUAUGUAUGGUAUCUAUGACAUGUGAAUAGUGUAUAUAGAAAUAUGUAUAUGUGUUUUGUAUAUAAGCUAUUGCUUUCUAGAGGAUACUUUCUAGAAAGCAAUAGCUUUGUAUAUAAGCUAUUGCUUUCUAGAGGAUACUGCAUCUCUUUGAAAUUGUUUUCACCUUGUUAGGCACAAAGUAUUCCAGCUGUUGUAAAAUCACCCUUGCUACUAUUAUAAAAACAAUAUCUUGGACACUAACCCUUUCUUCCGUUUCUAUUGUCACUGUGCUGUCCUCUAUUGCAGACAUGGAGCUCCACUGCAGAUUACAUUUCAAGAGGUUAUGUAAAACCCGCAUCUGGCAAUGAACACAAAACACCUGCCACACUGGAGCACUGCUUCGGCAAUGGAGGGCAGUGCAGUGAAAGCAGAAAAAUAUGACUAGUAAAGCAUUUGAGCUGUCCUCAAGUUUGCACAGAUGACAAGGAAGUACAUGGAGGUAGACAUGGAGAGUUGAGAAGGGGCUGUGAAGAGGAAGGAGAAUCACAUGGUCAAGAGCAAUGAGCAACAGAAUACUAAUCUAGCCAGAUAAAUCUUUUUUGUACAGUAGAAGGGUGGCAGCUACAGUCCAGAAAUCAUGCCUGUUGCUUUGUAUAAUGAAAUAGACAAGUUAAGAGAUUGACUGAAAAGUUGCUAUUUGCAAAAUUCAGAGUAUUUCCUAAUCUUAAGGGUUGCUGCACUAAUAAAAAAAGUGGUUCAAAUGGGUUAAGUUAAUGAGUCUAUGUAUCGUCACAAAAUGUGAAGAUACACAGAUAUCAUCAAACCAUUGGUCAAAACUGGAAGGCAAGGGUGACUCUUGGCCCCUUGUGUGGGGCUAUUGAUGAACCCCACACCCUUGUGUGGGGCUCAUCAAUAGCUAUUCCAGUGCCACUAAACAUGUUAUACUCGCUUUACAGCAACAUUAACAUAACAAGUCUAUAUAUUGGCUUAAAUUGGACUAUUAAUCAAAUAUUAUACAGCAUUUAUAAAUGAAAUAUUUUUCCUACCAAUAUCAAGCACCUUAGGAACAACAGUAAGCAUGCUGUUGCAUUUUGUUGUUAAAAAUUAAGGCCCACAGUCUUGCUUUGGAAUUCUGACUAUGUAAACCAAGCUAAUAGCCUUGUCAGAAAUCAUGGUGAGCCACGUUUCUCCACACAAAAUAUCCUCAAUAGUGAUUAAAUGUCUUAAUAAGCUUUUUAUGUUAAACUUUUAAAAAUAAGCUUUUUUAAUGAAUUCCAUAAAUUGAAGAGGUCUAAUAAAAGAUAAUCACUGGGAAGCAAGUAUAUUCUUAAGAGUUUUCAUAUUCUGCUCCUUACACCUUGACUCCAAACACUUGACUUGGGAAUCCAGCCCUUAGGGUCAAACAGGUCAUGAGCCAAGUGCCAAGGGGGCGGGGCUGCCUCCCUCUUCAAGAAGGGAUGGUGGACCUGCGCAGAAAGCAUGCCUCCCAGGUCCUACCCUUUGCCACCCAGACCAGCCUGCUUGAUUGGCUAGCCCUGGCAUUUGAAUCUGGGCUGUGUUGGCUCCACCUUCACCAAGGCCACUGGAAGUCCACGCUGCCCUCUAAUGUGGCAGCUGCCCAGCAUUCUACCCUCCUCCCAUGUGGCCUGCAACUGAUCCCCAGUUAAGUUUGGGGGUCUGCAUUUAUAAAAAGAAGCUGUGGUAAGCUCCCAGAAUGGGGAAGGUGCUGCUAAUCCCUUCCCCUUUGUACUAUUUCCUACAGAAAUCGCAUGCACACACUGUCCCUGGAUGUCAUUCUCCACAGUAAGGAUGAAAUACAGUAUCUGUUCCCUACUAGGCUAAUAACAGCUUGAAAAGUAGGUGAUUCCUUCCAGGGAAAACAAUGUGGGGUAAAGUAUGAAUUCCCACUCUGCCACUUCAGCCAUGCUGUAAAUUAUGUGCCCUUUCCCAGCUGCUUUUAAUAAAACAUUGGAAUCAUGGACUUCCUAUGUAAUAUGCCAUUUGUUUCCAAGCAAGUGUGUUGGACAGCAUCCUCCUCCAGGACGUCGCUUUGUUUCUCAUUAAUGAGAAUAAGAUUGGUUGCUGGUGCUGAUAAGCAAUACCAUUUAGGUCCACUGGACAUAUUCAGAGACCACUUGUCUUCCUAAAUGGAAGAAUGCAUUAAAGUAAAAUGAUUUUAAAGUAAUUUAUGGAUAUUUUUUUUAAAAAACUAGCAUGAAACAAAAACUACCAUUUCAGUUACAAAUAUAUUUCAAAAUGUUUUCAUACAUGUUAAAGUCAGAUUCACACUGGCUUUAUAUUUAUUGUCCUAGUUUGUGUAUUCAGUGUUUAGUUCAUUCCUUUAACUCACCCAAGAUGUACUAGUAAGUUUGAUUUUGUAGACUGCUAUAUGCCACAACAGGAUAGCAUAAGGUUUUUUUCCAGCAUGGUUUUUGUGAUUUGCAGAAAGUCAGCAGAUUAGGCUCUUACUAGGAAAAGAUUCACUUACUGAAUUACUGCUUAUCACACAAGUAUGGUAGACCCGAAAAUAUUAACACUAUCCAAGAAACCAGUUUUUCCAUACAUCACAGUGCAGAAAUUAUUUUGCAUGAGAAUCUACCAAUUUCUAGAGUCCUUUUGCUGUUACACCUAUGCAGUGUUACUAUAUAAGAUUGUGUCUGUACAGACCUUAAGCAGGACUUCAUGGAAAACUCUAGAAGUGGAGAGAUAGCAAGGUCAUAUUCCUUAGAGGCCAUGCACCUUGGUCAGUUCUCCAGUUUCUAUUAAAAAGAGGUGCUGGAAAUCAAUUAUUGUUUGGAAUAUCAUCAGAUCCUGACGUCCUUUCCCCUAAACCUCGAGAUCCAGAGAUUCUCUGCAAUUACAAAGUUGAAAAGGAAAUGAACUUUGACCUGCUCAGGGUUGCUUUCACCUCCUCUUAACUUCAUGUGUUCCAUCCUGGCAUUGAUCUCUGAUGAGUCCUGGCAUAGAUUAUGCCUUUCCCUGGACUUGAUGUUGGCUGAUGCUUUCUAUCUGUCCAUAAUGAAUGAAUAAAUGCAUGAAUCUCAUGCCAUCUUUCAUCAUGGGAACUACUAAUGAUAAACCGUAGUUACAUUCAAACCCUGACUGAAAAGAUCCAAGUUUUUUGGUUGAAGUGAAUAGGUCCUUAAUCUUAACACCUGCAAGAAAUCUAGUAUCUAGAAAGACUAGAAGUAAAUGUUCAUGGUACAGAUUUUCCCCCUGUUCUUUACCUGACAGCCACUUCAGUGGUAUGAUAAUUCAGGAGCAAAAUGGAAUAGUAUGACUAGUGGUCAAAUCUGAAAGGCUGGCCGAAUACCAUAGAGAUGAAAAUGUUCCCUGACUUUGAUACCCAGGCAUCACAAUUCAACUGAAUAUUCAAGCUAUUCUGAAAAUUAUGCCUAUUCAAAAGUUAUUAUUCAAGACCACAGGAUACUGAAAUUCCACCGUAGGUGCUUCAACAUGUGCUUCUCUCUCAGUGAUACCUAUUACAAAUACAUAUCAAACGAAAGCACCUUCUCCUGCAAGGGACCUUUCAUUUAUAUUGUCAGCGAUUAUAUGUAUCUGCAGGGCUUUUUUUCAGCCGGAACGCGGUGGAACAGAG